AGGGUUUUGGGAGCGCACUGCAGGAAGGGUCGUGCGCUGGGGAAACCCACGGUGAACGCAGCUCAUUCUCAGUAUACGGCUUCCAAUGACGGAUUCCUCUUUGUGCGCUAAGAUUAAAACUGCACACCGAUCCACGACAGAGCUGCAAAUUUAUAGCAGAUCCAGUUAUCGUAUCGACCAAGUCUGCUGUCGUCCUUAUUUCUGAUAUUGCCAUCGCAUAGCCAGCUACUUCCAUUGACAAAGGAGAAUAACUUGCUAACAACUUGUUUGCGUAUUUUUUGCGGGACUGGCUAUUCUGUUGGAAUGUCGCAGAAAGAGAGACCUACUUUCUACCGACAGGAGCUCAACAAAACGAUUUGGGAGGUCCCGGAACGCUACCAGAGCUUGUCUCCUGUCGGAUCUGGCGCUUACGGAUCCGUAUGCUCCUCUUUCGAUGUGAAGAUGGGCCUGAAGGUGGCGGUGAAGAAGCUGUCUCGCCCGUUCCAGUCCAUCAUCCACGCCAAGCGCACGUACCGCGAGCUGCGACUGCUCAAACACAUGAAGCAUGAGAACGUGAUUGGUCUGCUGGAUGUCUUCACACCUGGAACAAGCCUGGAGGAGUUCAACGAUGUGUACCUGGUGACACACCUGAUGGGGGCCGACCUCAACAACAUUGUCAAGUGUCAGAAGCUCACCGACGACCACGUGCAGUUCCUGAUCUAUCAGAUUCUGCGGGGGUUAAAGUACAUCCACUCUGCCGACAUCAUCCACAGAGACCUGAAGCCCAGUAACCUGGCUGUGAACGAAGACUGCGAGCUGAAGAUCCUGGACUUCGGGCUGGCGCGGCACACGGACGAGGAGAUGACGGGCUAUGUGGCAACACGCUGGUACCGCGCCCCAGAGAUCAUGCUCAACUGGAUGCACUACAACAUGACAGUGGACAUCUGGUCUGUGGGCUGCAUCAUGGCCGAGCUACUGACCGGACGGACCCUGUUUCCCGGCACCGACCAUAUCGACCAGUUGAAGAGAAUAACUCUCCUCGUCGGGACCCCCGGGCCUGAGCUCAUGGAGAAAAUCUCUUCAGAGUCUCCCCUUGACCCGGGUUCCAAAGAUAUAAACCAGCUUCAGCAGAUAAUGCGCCUGACGGGGACCCCCCCUGCUUCCCUCAUUAGCAGGAUGCCCAGCCACGAGGCCAGGAACUACAUUAACUCCCUGCCACAGAUGCCCAAAAGGAACUUUGCCGAUGUGUUCAUCGGGGCGAACCCUCUGGCGGUGGACCUGCUGGAGAAGAUGCUGGUUCUGGACACGGACAAGCGGAUCACGGCGUCGGAGGCUCUGGCUCACCCGUACUUCGCCCAGUACCACGACCCGGACGACGAGCCCGAGGCCGACCCAUACGACCAGAGCUUCGAGAGCCGCGAGCUGGAGAUCGAGGAGUGGAAACGACUGACCUAUGAGGAGGUGGUCAGCUUCGAGCCCCCGGUGUUUGACGGAGACGAGAUGGAGUCCUGAGGGGACCCCCCCUGCAACCCCCCCCACGGCGCUGAGGUCUGCCCCUGGACCUUCUUGGACAAUGUUUAUACAAGUGCCUGCUGCCACACACUGCUGGGGGGUUCCCUGUGGCCUCAUGGGGUGCCCCCCCUCCUCCACUUUACAGCAGGGUGUUGUGGGUAAAACAACUUCGCUCCAGUCUCAAGACUGGCACAGGAACUUUAGCAAUGGAAAAGGAAAAAAAAUGUGUCUAUGUUCUGUGUUUUUACAGAUUCUUAAAAUUGCAGGCAGAAUGUUAUUGCUGGUCGUACAAUUUAUCUUAUUUUAUUGCUGGGGUAAAAUGUGUUUCAGUAUUCAACAGGAAAGACAAACAAUCAGGUCAGACAAUUCGAACAGUUUCUUCACUUGCUGGUAGUUCAAAAAAAAAAUUGUUUUAUUAGUGACAUGAUACGGCUUUGACGUUUUCCUUCAUGGGAUUUCUCCAAAACUCUCAAAAUAAAUGUUGUUGCUUCUAGAGAGUUAUGGAGUUCUUAAGAGAACUUUGCUAAGUAGUCAGUAGACUGGGAGCUGUGUUUUAAAAUAAGUUGUUUUUAUACCUUAAAUGAAAAAAUGGCAUCUUAGGAGCCAGGAUAAUGGAGUUAAUUAGGCUUUUUUUUUUUUUUACACUGACUGGCCUGUGCAGGUUAGCUGUACCACAAAACUGAACAAUCUCAGACACCAUUCUGGCUUUUCCAAGAGCCCAGGUUUUUCACACGAAAAGAUACACAUUCAUCCUGUAAAAUACCACAGCCAAUAGCAUCUUUAGCGAUGCUUAAUCGUUACCAGGCAACACUGGCAUGCCCACACAAGGACAGUUCCCAUGUUAGUAAAACUAGACCUUGCAUGGGGGGUUCACUAGAUUCAUCUAUAAUCCACAGUCUGCUGCAGUAUUGUGGCUUUUUAAACACUAGAACCACAAAAGCACAAGUUGUUGUACCCCAAACUCUUACGGUUACAUGUCGCUCUGUACCCCAAACACUCAAAUUGCGCUGUACCCCAAACACUCGUAUCGUGCUGUACCCCAAACCCUCUUCAGUUGCAUAUCACGCUGUACCCCAAAAUCUCUUCAGUUACAUGUCGUGCCGACCAACCGAAACGUAACUUGCGCUUCUUCUCCGUCGAUGUGCAGCAGGUGUUGUGUGGGACUGCCCCGUAAUGGCUGGGUGUUUAGUGCGAGGGGUGGGGGUGGGGGUGGAAGUGGGGUUUGAACUAGGAAAGGAAAAAGGGAAAGUUGUUUUUUUUCUCCUGUGGUGGGAUUGGAAAGUGCUGUAAUUUAUAACUCCUGUAGGUGGCGGUAAAGGGCAAACUUGGCUCCCGCUUUGAGGAACUCCGGUUUUAGAGGUUUUACUGUAUCCGCGGAUGCGCGCCGAUUGCAGGCUCACAAAUCGGAAGUGCUACCUGAGCCACUGCCUCUUACUCCCAAAGAGCUGUCAAAAUGCUUCUCAGUCUCCAGCGAUGCAGUCAAAUCAGCAACUCCCAACAAGGAGCAUGUUUUAUGAAUAUUAAAGUGACUUCAGGAUGUACAUAAAUUAUCAGGUUUUUAUUGUUUUGUCCUCAUGACUGUGUGUUCAUGGUAUGAUAUAGUAUUACUUGAUUUCAUAAAAGCAAUAUCUGUAUCGAGCAUGACAUUCGGUGUGUGCAGGGAGUAUUCUGUCUGUGCAUGUUUACAGGAGUUUGAAGGGUAAUGUUGAAACCACACAUUGUUAUGUCAAUAAAAAUGUUUUUAAAAAAGGUAAUGGUAUUUAUAACUUGGUGCGGCAAAAAGAAAUAUUUAGUGAAUGUAGAAUGUUUGUUUUUUUUUUCCUUUAAGAUGUACACUUUCAUUAUUACAGGAGAGUCGGGCGUUAUUUUACGUACAUUACCAAUUCACAUUUUAACAGCUCGCAGGCGGAAGUACCCUGUAAAUACCACUGUGUAAAAAAAAUAAAAUAAUAAAAACAAUUAUUUUUCAAAA